ACCUACGGCGAGGACCGCGAUUACUCCUCUGUAUUCGCGCGACAUCGUGGACGAUACGGGGGUGGCAGGGGGAAUUCAUGUUUUGUCAUCCUUGUCAUCGAUGCACCGGGAGCUGUUCUGUCAAACAAUAGAAGUGAAUCGUGUUCGUCGUGCCGUAGCAGUGAGUUGGUCCCAUCGUCGUUCGACAUGGGAGACGGCAAGGAGGGUGAGCGGCAGCCACUGCUGAAGAAUGAAAACGUCACAUACAGCUCACACAACAACGAUGCAAUCGGCGACGAAACACAGUCCAAUGUGCACACCGUCUCUACAAUCGGUCCGGAUGAACUGCCACCGCCGUAUCAGUCCGCCAUCCAGGGUGGCAUGCCAAUGGUCACCUGCAGAGUUUGUCAAGCGAUGAUAGAUAUUUCCGGAAAGAGAGAUCAGCACGUCGUUAAGUGUUGUCAAUGUAACGAGGCCACACCUAUACGUAAUGCUCCCCCUGGAAAGAAGUAUGUACGAUGUCCGUGCAAUUGUCUACUCAUAUGCAAGAGUUCUUCGCAACGUAUUGCCUGUCCCAGGCCAAAUUGUAAACGUAUCAUUAAUCUUGCUCCAAGUCCUAUUACACCUCCAGUUCUAUCUAUGCCAGGCAUGUGCAGGGUAGGCUGUGCUCAUUGCCAUGACACAUUCUUGUUUAACACAUUAAAUAAUGCUUUGGCUCGAUGUCCACAUUGCCGCAAAAUAUCUUCCGUUGGUCCAGAUUUUGCUAGAGGAAGAGGAAUUGUAUUCAUUAUCGUUGGGAUUAUAGCCUUAAUAAUUGCUAUAGCCGUAACAGUCGGGACCUAUAAAUAUGUAAAAACAAAUGGUGGAAUUUAUGUAGCUUAUGUUGGUGCAUUUCUAUUAGCGCUUUUAUGCUUGGGCCGCAGCAUUUAUUACUGUACGAUGAAGAUCAGUUUGAUAGAAGGUCCUAUGUAGUCUCCCAAACAA